ACCAAACAGGAAAUAGGUUCACAUAAACUGGAACAGAUGGGUUAUUUUUCUUUUUUUCUUUCUUUCUGUAAUAUUGGAGUUAGAGGCGGAUGAGGAUUUAAAUUUGAUAAAUUCAAUAUUUGUGUUCUCAUUAUUGAACGCAACACAAUCUUUUGUAAUUAUAGGUUCGUAUUAAUAUUUUAGUGAUUUUUUUAAUAAUAUAUAUCUAUGCUUCGUGUAAAAAUUAUUGAUUUUAAGCGAACCCGUUGAUUAUAUGUAGCGUCCGUCUCUUAAUGAUCUGAGAUGAGCUUAAAUGGAUGGAUAGUGUGACAAUUCAUAUAGCCAACCCCAAAUUGCUUGGGAUCGAGGCGUAGUUAUUAUUGAUGGCGGGUGCAGUGUAGUCCCAACAAGUUUAAUUAAACUCAGUAUUUUUUACUCGGACCAUAAAUGCAUAUAUGAAAAGGCACUAAAAUUUUAAUAAAUGCUAGUUAUGAACCCAUAAUUGCAAAAGUGCAAUAGAUUAAGUGCUGAGAAUAUAAAUAUUGAACCCAUCGAAUUUAAAUCUUGAUCGUCUCUGGUUAUUGUAGUUGUAGUCGAGAGUUUUAAUGUUAGUCUUGUAUUCUAUUAUUGUUAGAUCUUUUUAGUAUUACUUGUUUCCUUUCGUUUCGUUUUCUUACUAUCUUGUUGUUGUUACUGCUUGGUGCUACUGCUUUUCUUUUCGUCUUUCGUGAGCAUAGGGUCUAUCGGAAACAACCUCUCUACCUUUAAGGUGGGAUUUAUAAAGGUUGGAAUAUCUGUACCCUAAAAGGAAUCCAUUUACAUCUUUCUUUUGUAGUUCAAGCAACAAGGAAUUCACUUUUCCACAAUAAAAACUACUAUAGUGAGGAGAUUGUUGAAUGCAAAUAAGUAAAUAAAAUGGUAGAGGGAGGAAUAAACAAAGCAGAUAAAACAGAAUUCACAGAAUGUUGGAGUGCAGUAUGGAAAACUCCUUAUAUAAUGAAGCUGGCUUUAUCAGCUGGCAUUGGUGGAUUUCUUUUUGGUUAUGACACUGGUGUUAUUUCUGGUGCACUUCUUUACAUAAGGGAAGAUUUUAAUGAUGUCGACGAGAAAACAUGGUUGCAAGAAACUAUUGUUAGUAUGGCUGUUGCUGGUGCAAUCUUUGGUGCAGCCACUGGUGGUUGGCUUAACGAUAAGUUUGGACGAAAACUCUCAAUUCUCAUUGCUGAUGUUCUCUUCUUUGCUGGUGCAAUAAUUAUGGCUGUUGCCCCGGCGCCUUGGGUGAUAAUUCUUGGAAGGAUAUUCGUCGGUUUGGGAGUUGGAAUGGCUUCAAUGACUGCUCCUCUUUAUAUAUCAGAAGCUUCUCCUCAUAAGAUCAGAGGUGCACUUGUUAGCACAAAUGGUUUCCUCAUUACAGGAGGACAAUUCAUUUCAUAUCUAAUCAAUCUUGCCUUCACUCAUGUGAAAGGAACGUGGCGUUGGAUGCUUGGCAUUGCUGGACUUCCGGCAGUUAUUCAGUUUUUGCUCAUGAUCACCCUUCCUGAGUCUCCAAGAUGGCUUUACAGAAAGGGGAAAGUGGACGAGGCGAAGGAAAUCUUGGCGAAAAUUUACUCAGCAGAGGAAGUAGAAGAGGAAAUGCAGGCAAUGAAGAAAUCAAUUGAAGAAGAAAAGGCGAUUGAAGGUUCCAUCGGAAGUAGCACGUUUACUCAAAUUAAGAAAGCAUUUGGAAAUACAGCAUGUAGAAGAGCACUCUAUGCAGGAAUCUGUGUUCAAGUGGCUCAACAAUUUGUCGGUAUCAACACUGUCAUGUAUUACAGUCCAACUAUCAUCCAAUUUGCUGGAUUUGCAUCCAAUAGAACUGCUGUCGCACUAUCACUUAUCACUUCUGGUCUCAAUGCUGUUGGCUCCAUAGUUAGUGUGGCGUUUGUCGACAAAUAUGGUAGGAGGAGACUCAUGAUUAUCUCUAUGUUGGGUAUUAUUUCUUGUCUCGUUGUGUUGUCCGUUGUCUUCUUCCAAGCGUCCGCUCAUGCACCAGCAAUCAGCAGCAAUGAAUCUGCCCAUUUUGGCAAUGCUACUUGUAAGGCCUAUGCCAAUUCCCCUAAUCCAUCCUCCUGGAAUUGCAUGAAAUGCUUGGCUAAGGAAGCUGAUUGUGGAUUUUGUUCAAAUACCAAUGACCUGUAUGCUCCUGGAGCAUGUAUAGCAAAAACAGAUGCACUAGAAGGAGCUUGCAAAGCAGAGAAACGCGUUUGGUACACGAAAGGUUGUCCAAGCAAGUUCGGAUUCUUAGCAGUCAUUUUUCUCGGAUUAUACAUCAUAGUGUACUCCCCAGGUAUGGGAACAAUACCAUGGGUUAUCAACUCUGAGAUUUACCCCUUAAGAUUCCGCGGAAUAGGUGGAGGCAUUGCUGCUGUUUCCAACUGGACUUCAAAUCUAAUUGUUAGCUUAACAUUCUUGACAUUAACUGAACAUCUUGGUUCCUCUGGCACGUUCCUCCUAUUCGCGGGGUUUUCACUUCUUGGACUCGUCGCCAUCUUCUUCCUUGUUCCUGAAACCAAAGGCUUGCAAUUCGAGGAAGUCGAGAAAGUAUUGCAGAAAGGUUAUUCUCCCUUUAGAAAGAACACUACCACUAAAGAUACCUCUGAUCAUAAAAACUGAUAUUCAUAGAGUAGAGCAUUUUUUUACCUUCCUUAUUUAUAUAUGUCAUUGUGUACAUACACACAUAUAUUAAUUUGUAAUCAAACUGAGAAAUAAAAGAACUUCUGUACUCAUUGUCAUUC